UUAUUAACGUAUUAUUAUUUAAAACUCAUGUAAAAUAUGUGUGCACCUCUCUUUAGCAUAGGAAGUACUUCUCUGAAAACUUGUGAGAUCAAUAACUAAACGGCGAGGGUCUGUUGAAGCCACGGAUGAGCUUCAAUAGCAAUGAAUCUCUGAACAACUGACAUUAAUCACUCUUGCAAGGAAGGAAUAAGGACCAGUUUUCCAACAAUGAACGUGAAAGAUUCAUUAACAACUGAAAUUUACUGACUUAUGAUAAUGAUGUGGUAAUCGACCCGUGAACAGUAUUUUCAGGUGGUACAGCAAGGUUGCUUACGUAGUAUUUAAGUUUUCCAUGCAACCUUAUAUACCGAAACAUAUCAGCUUUCCUAAAAAAAUUCGUUGUCUUUAUAGGAAAGCGUAAAGUGAGGUUAUGUCAGAGGUUGGCAUUGCAUUUCCAGUGCCAUUAGGAAAAAUGAAAAACAAGUGGAUGGAUAUAGCCUUAGACUUAGCAGCUGAAGCUUUGGAAGCAGGGGAAGUGCCUGUUGGGUGUGUUUUUGUAUACAAUGAUGAGGUGAUUGCCAGAGGCCACAAUACAGUGAAUGAAACACGCAAUGCUACAAGACAUGCGGAGCUGAAUUGUUUGGACCAGGCAGCUCAGUGGUGUACAGAGAAAGGUCAUAAAUUUGCUUCUGUCAUGGCCACAGUGAAGGUGUGGGUGACAGUAGAACCGUGCAUCAUGUGUGCUUCAGCCCUACACAGCCUGCGUGUGGCAACUAUCACGUAUGGCUGUAAAAAUGACCGGUUUGGCGGCCAUACAUCAGUCCUGAACACUGCUCUGCUCUUUCCUGAACCAUCCCCAAUGAUUGGAGGAUUGGAAAGUGAUCGAGCCAUGCAACUGCUCAAAGACUUUUACAAAGGAACUAACCCUAAUGCUCCCCAUCCUAAUGUAAAGAUAAACACCACAUGAACAUACAAAUACUUUAUAAAAAAAAUAAAAAUAACGACAGGUUAUCAGGAAAUGUACGGACAAUUAAAAUAGGGUUCACUUGAAGCCUGAUGAUGUUUAUGAUCACCAAUGAGAUUACGACCCAGAAGACCAUUAUCAGCAUCUUUACUGCUGUGAAAAUGUAGUCUCAGAUAUUAAUAGGAAUCUUAAGAAAACAUAAGUUAUGGCGGAAUAAAUUAAAUUGAAUGGACUCACAGACUUUGAAUCAUAUGUAAACCAUAAUGCACAAAUACAUAAAAUAUGAGAUUUGAGGUUCUCAUGACAUUAAAGAUGUUGAUGCUUAUCUUCUGGAUUAUAAAACUUAUAGCUAGAUACCAGCAUUUCAGAUAUAUAUACUGUCUCCAUCUUAAUCCCUGAUGACAGAGGCAGUAUGUUCCUCCAAAAUACUGACAUCUACCUACAAGUCCAUAUGGUGUUACAACCCACAAGACCAGCAUUGACAAAUACACAAAAGUUCAAAUGACAUGUACAUUACGUACAUUUAUUUGAGGAUUACAGGAAUGGUAAUAGAAACAAAUGCAUAAUUGCUGUAUUCUGUAAAGAUUAGCAAAUGUUACUACAGUAAAAUGUGCCUUAUGAAUAAAGAUCUGUAAAAUGC